AUGCCGGGGAAUACCCACCUUGCCCUCGAGCUCGAACGCAUCAAACAGUUUCUCAUCACCCACGUCCCGGCCGGCAUCCCCAUCAAGAAGGUGACCAACCUGGACCGAGAGGAGCCCAUCUACGUGUGCCACGUCGACCCUCUCCCGGACGCGGCCAAGGAGACCCUCUGGCAGGUUUUCCUCACCGCCACCACUCGCGCCGGGAGGCGAAACACGGUCCAUCCCUAUCCCCACUACCGUGCCGACCAGGGAUGGGGCUACUUCUUCAUCCUUUCCAACGAACACCGGAAUGAUCAUGCCUAUGUCAGAGAUCACCACUGGGCCGUCGCCGAGAUCGUUCGAGCUUAG